GCUAGCAUCAUUUCUCAUUAGUCACUCUACGGGCCGCUCCUGUGCAUCAUAUCUUUGGAUUUCUGCAUUGUUUUGUUAUUUUAAAGACAUUUUACAGUAUUUUAGGAUGACCAAAGUGUCUCCUGGCCACGCGGAGAUGACCGCAGCUCUGGCCCCUCCCUCUGCUCCUCUCCUCAUCUCAACUCAUCGGUCGCCCUCACGAUCGCCCACCAAAAAUGACAAACAUAUAACAGAUUUGCCAGAUGUGUUGCGGGAUAAGGAGCGGAGAGUGAAGGAGCAGUUGGAUCGUUGUGCCGAGCAGCGAGGAAGAAAAAUGGAGGAGCAGAAGAGGAGAGAGGAGCGACGCAGAAACGCAGCCGAGGAGAGAAGAAGACAACAACAGGAAGCAGAGAAGGAGCGGCUAGAGGCGAUGGUGAGGAGGCGUGGAGGCCGUGGGGGUAAUAACAACCACCUCCAGAAUGGGACUACAGGCCAGUCGGGGCAAAGCGGAGGAGGAGAGGGGCAGCUGGACAACAGGCCGAAGCGCUGGACGUGGGGUGGACCUCCGGACAGUGUGGCGGGUAACGCUAGAACCCCACCCUGCAAUGCCAUUGGCUCUCCUCUGCCCAAUGUGCUUCCUGCUUCCAGCGCCAGCCAAUUGCGUCACGCUAUUGACUUCCUGACUCCUUCAGAUCAGCCAAUCAACAAGCAGCUGUCCAACUCCUCAGCUGCUCUGCACUCGCCAGAAAGAGCGUCCUCAAACAAUCACAGGCUUCACCGGAGUUUGUCAAAUCGAAGGAGCAUCGCCGCGUUCCCAGAGGAGACAAAAGCUCUGACUCCCACGGGCGAUGGUCCAACUCGCAGUUCAUCCUUCAGAGGAAACAGCAAAGGCCCAGCUACGCCCAAACGAGUGCGUUCAAACCGUAGUCGCCCCCAGUCUCCCUGCUCCCCGAGUCAGUACCCCCCCUCUCCCAGACGACACAAGGCCUCCACCCCUGGGACUCCCGACGCAGAGGUCAAAGGUCACAUCAGCACUUUAGAGCGAAAAACCAAAACUGAAGGGGAGAGAAAGAUCCCCAAAUCCACCAGCAGAGAGCUCAAUGCAGAGUCCCCGAUGACCCCUAGUGGUCGGAGUGUUGGUGGGACGACAGACGCUGAGGAGGCUUCUAGAGUUUUGGCCGAACGACGACGUUUGGCCCGAAUCCAGAAAGAACAAGAGGAGAAGCAGAGACUGGAGGAGGAGAGGCUGCGUGCGGAGGAGGAGGAGAGGAGGCGUCAGGAGCGUCAGGAGCAACAGGAGCGACAGGCGCGUGAGGCUGAGGACGAGCGAGUUAGACGUGAACAGGAGCGGAGGGAGAGAGAGGACCAAGAGAGAAGACAGAAGGAACAGAGAUGGAAAGACAUGCAGCAACAGCUCGAUAAAGAGAGGGAGGAGGCGUUCCUUCGAGCUCAGAAAGAAGCCGAGAGAAAGAGACUGGAGAGAGAGCAAAUGCACAUCCAAGAGGAGCAGGAGAGGCAGCAGAGGAAGAAGAGAAUUGAAGAGAUAAUGAAACGCACCAGGAAGAGUGACGUGGAAGCUCCGUCUGUAGUUCAAGAGUCAGAGGUGAAGGUGGAGGCAGCGCCCCCUUCAGGCCAGGACAUGCCACUGGAGCCCUCUGUGAUUUCUCUGGGGCCUUUAGAAAAGAGCUGUGUGGAUGAGCUCUCAGAUGGAGUGCAGUCUAUGGAUGUCAGCUCUCCAUCUGUCUCCAUCAGCCCAGUGUCUCGAGAGGAGCAGCCCAGCGCACACGACUUCUCCCCAGUCACAGAAGCAGACGCCAUUGGAUGGUCAGACUUCUCCAAGCUUCAGCCCGCAAGCAGCGUUGGAGACCUCAACAAGAACCUGCUACUUCAGGCCUGCAGCGCCGAUGCUCCCCCUGUGAUCCCCCCCGUGGGACCCAAACUGGACGUCCAAUAAACAGGGAUUCAAAGUCCAAAGAGAGACAAGGAGCUUCAUCUCCAGUCAGUUCAAUCAACGUUUGCACCGAAACAGCGGCUGAUUCCCUCCUUAAUGAACUAACAUCUACAACAAUGAGUUUCAAUGGGUUUUUAGGCAGUGCAGGUGGUAAGGCAUGUCAAGUUUAUUUAUCUAGCAUAAUUCAUACAAAAGGUAAUAAAAUUAAUAAAAUUUACAAGAAAAGAGUGAGAUUAGAAUAAAAAACGAUUUACCAAUAUACAUUCAGUUUUAAAUAUUCUACUUAACAUUUGAACUGCUAAACUGAUGCAAGAAUCCUAUACAUUUCAGAACAUAAUUGCGGAGGUCUAAACUACAGGGUUAGCACGUUUAUUCAUAACAAAACUCAGUGAAGACAGGAUAUUUUACAACUUUGGCAACUGUGACAUUUAAAGUUUGUAAUAAUUCUUGCUGAUGAAAACCUGGAGCCAAUUCUGAUUUGUCUGCAUUGCCUCAAAACCCAGAUUCACUCUCUAUGGCUUAACUCUGCUUUGUAAAACUUGUAAAUAGCUGCUAACGGAGGAUUCAAAGGACAUAGUAUCUUCAAUAUGGACUGUAGCUGUAUUUGUCAGUGGGAGUCUCCUUUUUGUUCACUGUGUAUAGACUUGACUUCUGCCCAUAACUGAAUAUUAUUUAUAGCUUAUUAUGAUUCUAAUAUAGAUGGGCAAAACUUGAGGAAAAUCUAUGUAAAGGUUUAAAAUAGAUGAGUGAUUUGUUGUGUAUUUGUGAAUCGGCACUGACGGAUUGCAAAAAAUAAGAGCUACAUGAUUUAAUAUGGCUUGAAUUCAUAAUAUUGAUCUUGCUUGGACACAUUUAGAUUUAUUUAGUAAUUCCUCUAGAAUUGUUGGUCAUUGUUUUUCAAGUUUCAAGAGAAAUCUUUCAGUUGAGUAAGAAUAUUAGUUAAAAUGUACAAAAUAUGUGUAAAAAUAUCUUACAAUAUGGACAGAAACAUGAAAAAACUAAGAUCAAUGUUAUCAAUAAACUUAAAGGCACACUAACCUUUCUAGUGGAGGUUUUCUUCAUGGAGAUGUUUUGCUUUGCAUGAAAUGUUCCACAGUUUGGCAUUAAAAAUGUCUGUCUUCAUGGAGUCAAGGCCAGGUUGCAGGUCUGUUGCGAAAAUACUUUACAGAUCAGUUUAAUACCAUUCUGUGGAACAUUCAGGGUAUAGCAAGUACAUCACCAUGGAUGCAAGCAGGUGGCUGAACUCCCACCAGAAAAGUUACACAAUGCACCUUUAAUUCGUAUAGCACUUUACAACUGUAACACUUUAGCCAAAUUGCUUUCCAUUGGUGCAUUAGAAGACCUGAAAUCAAGUCAAAUUUACUAUUCAACACUAUUUAAACUCUGCUGUAUUGGAACAGGAAAAAAAAACACAUUUUAAACCUAAAACUACCCAAAAUAAUGGAAAUGUUAUUAAUUUAAGCCAUUAUAAAUCAUGUACAUAUGUAUUUUGCAUUGUAGAAUCCACUUAUGCUGCGGUCUAUAGCACUAACAGUAGUAAUCGUGUUGUUUCACUGCGCCAUGUAUUAGCCACGUUAGCUUAACUACAUCGACUUUACCUCACAACAUCGCAGUCUAGUGUCACCUAAGGCCUUAAUUAAGACCUGCAACACCAAGCUCUUUUUACCAAGAUAUCCACUAUGUAGGUACAGCAUUUGAACACCAGUGCAAUAUUCACAAUAUUUACAAAUCAAUUAUACAUGCUCUCAUUGAUUACAUUUUAAUUUAAAUUUAUUUUUGGCUGAUAUUAAUGCUGUUUAUCAUGUAAUAUGUAACAACAGAAACUGAAAGUUAAUGGGGGGGAUAGCCUUGUCAAAUAUGUGUUGACAAUUCAUGAACUCAUACAGGGUGAUAGCCAAAAUUAGGCCAUUUUAAAAGUAACUUGUUUUUACAUUUUAUAAUUUAUUACACCAAUAAUUUGUGUACAUUUUUCUUUCAAAUUAAAUGGGAAGAUGUUGAAUAUUGAAUAAUUACUUGAAAUUAAUGUAAGCCAAUGCAUCAUUUUGCAACCAUGUUUGUUAUGAUGAAAAGUAUGGGAAAGCUACCAACAUCUGAACCUGGUUUGAAGAGCAAUAGUUUAAAAUGCUGCAGCUGCAACUCAUGUGUCAUCUAUUGUCAUUUAUGAAGAGUCCCGAGUAUCCAGUAAUACAAUGUAAAGGGUGUAAUGUUUAUCCCAUAAUUAUUCUGUGAUGCUGCAGCUUGGUGGAAUAUAUCAUUGUAGAUGUGGUGCAUGGAAACUGCUGAUAUCAACGAAUAAACUUCAUCAAGUCA